CGGGAGGCGCGCGCCAGCCUGGCCGCCUUCCUGCUCGGCGCCUCGGUGGCGGCGCUGCCGCUGGCGCUGGGCUCCCCGCCCGCCCUGCUCGCCGCGCCCGGCCUCCGCGGCCGCCUGGCGCUCGCCCUGCACGUGGCGGCCGUGAACGGGGCGCUGCUGCUGCUCUACCCGCGGCCGCUCUACAAGAUCGCCGUCCGCGCCGGUUUCCUGGGCUUCGCCUUCGGCUGCGGGCUGCUGCUGAGCGCCGGCCGCUCCGCAUGGAGGCACUUCGGGUGGUACAUGUGCUCGCUGUCGCUGUUCCACUACUCGGAGUACCUGGUGACCGCCAUCAACAACCCACGCAGCCUCUCGCUCGACUCCUUCCUGCUCAACCACAGCUUCGAGUACAACCUGGCCGCGCUCUCCUCCUGGGUCGAGUUCACCCUCGAGAAGCUCCUCGUGCCAGAAAUGAAGCAGAUCACCUGGCUGAGUACUGUAGGGUUACUGAUGGUGAUCUUUGGGGAUUGUCUGAGGAAAGCUGCCAUGCUCACAGCUGGCUCCAACUUCAACCAUAUUGUUCAGAAUGAGAAGUCGGACACUCACACUUUGGUGACAAGUGGGGUGUAUGGAUGGUUCCGGCACCCGUCUUACGUGGGAUGGUUUUACUGGAGUAUUGGAACACAGGUGUUGCUCUGCAAUCCCAUCUGCGUGGUUGGCUACACGCUAGCGUCCUGGCGGUUCUUCAGGGAGCGUAUAGAGGAAGAGGAGAUCACACUCAUUCACUUUUUUGGGGAGGAGUAUCUGGAAUACAAAAAGAAGGUGCCGUCAGGUCUCCCUUUUAUUAAAGGAGUCAAAGUGGAACUGUAACGCCGGCAAAACUGGACUGGUUGAGAAAACCUCCAGCUCCAGGCGCUGUAGGUCGAGGAACUAUGCAUAGUGCUGGCACCGAGCAGCCUGUUCCCAUUUCCUGGCUGUCCACUAGAAGUUCGCUGAGGGCUGCAGGGCUUGGCAGCCUUCCAGGUAACUAGGAGAUCAGAAGCACGUUCAUCCUCCUUGAGAUAAGAGUCCUUCGUUGCACAUUCAGGGAUCCUCUGGAUAACUUAGCCUAUAGCAAUCCUCCCGAGAAACGAUCCUCCCGCCUAAAGCAGCUGAAUUGUACUGAAACUCACUUGGACUGGUUCUUCUGGAGAAUGAGCUUUGCCCUUCCACCCCUGCGCUGGAAACGUGCUGGUGGGAAUGCUGUUCCUAUGGCGCAGCUGUCUUAUAAAGCUUUUUCACCUUACAAGCGAGACAGCGCUGCUUUAAUCUCUGGAGGCCUGGUCCUGCAAGCCCCAGGCUGGUGCUUGGACAGCUUGCCGGAGCAGGCCUCUCUUUGGGCUCGUCAGAUGCUCGGGUCUGCGGGAUGUCGGCCGGCUGGAAAGCUGUCAGCGUGCUGCAAAUCAGGUUUCCCCCGGCCGCUGUGUUAACAGGGAGCCUCUGCAGCCGCUCCUGGCACCCGCAAAUUGCUGGUGCCUCCAAGCCAUGCAGCAGGAGAGCUGGGUCUCGGGUCCCUCGGCUGCUGCCCUGCGUUCAGGAGCCACCGUCCGGCUGCUGCUUUCCCCAGGCUGUUGUGUCCACGCAGACAGGGCUCUUCUGAGACCCGCUUCCAAAUCACGCUGCUUCCUGCCCUGCCAGGUGUCUUCGCUGGCCAGCUCUGUCCCGCAGAGAUCCCAGGGCUUUGGGAUGGAGAGCCAGGAGAAGGACUGCAGCUGGCAAGCUUGCAAAGAGCUUUAGCGCUUCAGAUCCUUGCCUGGUUUUGGAGGGAACCUGGGAUGUUGGUGUGAGCAGGAGAAGCUUCUAGGGAAAUUCUCUAAACAAAAGGUUUGGCUAGCUAAUGCUAUUUUAAACAUUGCCAUUUUGGAAAUGGUUCCUAUUCAGGCUUCGUGGUAUCAUGUAUUCUGUUGUUAUAUACCAAAGAGGUUCACCGUUUUCUUGGGUUUUACAUAAUUCUUCCUUGCUGGAAUGGAAAUGAGUCGCUUGUCAGUACACGCUUCGGGCUUGCAGUAUUCCUUAAAGAUACUGUGAUUCAGCUCAGGAAAGAGGGCACUGGUGGAAACUGCUUUUGUGAUUUUUUUAUUAAAAAAAAAAAGGGAAAA